AUGGCAGAUGACCAAAAUGCUACACGGGCUCCGGAGAGCGAUGCCCAAGAAGACAAGGCCCCUGUUGCCGGUGAUGCUCCCCCCGCCACAGCUGCUGCCCACGCUGUUGGCGAGCACUGCGUAACAGACAGACCUACUCCUAGCGGCCUGGCCUCCACCGGUGAAAUCAUCAAGCUCAACGAUAUCGACGUCUACAUCUCCAAGCCCACCGACUACCCUCACGCCCCUUCACGACUUCUACUCCUCCUUACAGGCGGCACUGGCAUCAGCUCCGUCAACAACCAGAUCCAAGCCGACAAGUUCGCCGCGGAAGGCUUCCUGACGCUGAUGCCCGACCUGUUUGGCGGCGACACAGCCCCCGGCGCCGGCGUGGCCAUCCCGCAGGAAACCAACUCAGUUAUUGAACAGCUCAAGAUAAAGGCGGCCGAAGUCACCAAGUCGUUCCUCAUCGAUAUGUGGCUGGCCAAGAUCACGCCCGACAAGGUCAUGCCCAUCCUGCACAAGGUGAUUGACGCUGCCAAGGAGCAGUACGCCGACUCGAUCAAGGCUGGCGACGGCAUCUACGCUGUAGGCUACUGCGUUGGUGGCAGAUUUGUGCUUUUGCUCGGCAAAGAAGCUGCCGCUGCCGAAAAUGCAGACGAGGAGGCUGGUGCUGUCAAGACUGGCCCGUUCAUCAAGGCUGGUGCCAUUGCUCACGCUGCCUCAGUCACCCCCAACGACUUCACCGACGUUGUCGUUCCUCUCAGCCUCGUCUGUGUAGAGGACGAUCCUCUCUUCUCGGAAGAAGUUCGCACUGCUGGUGAAGACUACAUGUCGUCUGCCAACUUGGAGCACGAAGUCCAAGUCUAUCCUGGCGUCCCUCACGGCUUUGCUGUCGUAGGCGAAUACCAAGACCCUGCUAUUCAAGACGCACAAGCCACAGCCUACGAGCAGCUCCUUGGCUGGCUCAAGACUCACUAA